UCCUUUUACCUUUGCAGCUUAAUUCCGAAUAGGAUGAACUCAUCAGGAAUAUUCUCAAACUAAACCCCCUCAAGCAGCAGCCAUGAAGCUCGGAAACUACUUCUUUUACUCGUUGUUCCUCUUCAUCCAGUGCAGUUUUGGACGCAGAGCCAACGAUCGAAACCGACAAAUCUUCCAACUGAAGGAAGAAAACAUGUAUCUCAAUGAGAAUGAGCUGAUCGACAGCUUGCAAACUGGCAGACGCGAAAGACACAAAAUCCGGCACCAGCAUGAAGAAAUCCAUUGGCCAGUGAAGAAAAUUGCGAUUGUGGAAGGCGACAUUGUGCUCGGAGGGUUGAUGAUGGUGCACGAAAGGGAGGAUUCGGUAAUGUGCGGCCCUGUUAUGCCCCAAGGGGGCAUUCAAGCCCUAGAAGCCAUGCUUUACACUCUGGACAGACUGAAUAAUGAUGAACCGAAGUUGCUUCCGGAUAUUUCCAUUGGCGCCCAUAUAUUGGAUGAUUGUGAUCGGGACACUUAUGGCCUGGAAAUGGCUCUUGAUUUUAUCAAAGGCAGCAUUAGUAACAUCGAGGGUGCAGAGUUCCACUGCAACAAAACCCAAGUGCGAAAAAUAAUUUCUGGCAUCGUGGGAGCCGCGUCCAGCGUUACGUCCAUUCAAGUGUCCAAUCUACUUCGACUGUUCAAAAUUCCACAG